AUGGCGGCCCCAGAUGCCGUCCGGCAUGAGCCCGAGAAGAGCGAUCCCGCCAAGUCACUCGACGCUGUCGUCACAACGCCCAGCAAUGUGAUUCAGGGUAGCAUGAGCGAUGAAGAGGAGAAGGUAUCCAUCUCAGCCGUGAUCGCAGUCUUCUUCUUGGGCAUGUCCUUCGUUGCUCCCGUGGCCUGCGGCUACGUGCUUGUCAACAGUAUUCUCAAUCCCAUCGGACAGGAUCUGAACGACACGGAGAACAUUGUCUGGAUUGCAGGCGGCUGGAGCGUCGCAUCCGCCGUGUCCUUCUCCAUCGCCGGAGGCUGGAGCGAUAUUUUCGGCCGUCGCUGGGUCACGCUGUCUGGCCAAAUCAUCACUCUAGUCGGUGCAAUUGUUGGAGCGACGGCGCAGAAAACCACUACGGUAGCGGCAGCAUCAACUAUCAUUGGUUUUGGAGCUGGCGUCGCGUUUGUGGCCUACCCCGGCAUCUCCGAGCUUCUUCCCAAUAAGUACCGUGGCAUCGGACUCGGGUGGACAGAGUUCUGCAUCAACGUCCCCUGGGCCGCGUUCGGCGUCAUCAUCGCCAACAAGCUCGCCGAGGAAGCCACAUGGCGCUGGUGCUACUACAUCGCCAUCAUCUACUCGUCUCUCUGCACCGUCGGCAUCGCCGUCUUCUACUUCCCGCCCUCGCGGCCGCGGCGCGACUACGACAAGUCGCGGUGGGACGAGUUCAAAGAGCUCGACUGGAUCGGCCUCGUCCUCUUCACCGCCGGCCUCACCACCUGCCUCGUCGGCCUCACCUACCUGGGCAAGCCGUCCUACUCCAAAGCCCUCGUCGCGUCCACCAUCGCCGUCGGCGCCUGCCUCACCGCGGGCUGCUUCGCCUACGGCUUCACCGUCGCCGGCCGCAACGCGCUCUUCCCGCGCUCCCUCUUCGCCCUGCUCCGCCGCUUCACCGUCCACCUCCUCAUCGUCUUCGUGUCGGGCUUCAUCUGGUACGCCAUGGCGGCGCUGCUCCCGCAGGCGACGCUGUACGCCUACACCAGCGACCCCACGCAGAUCGGCGUCGUCGCCAUCCCCAACGGGCUCGGCGGCGUCGUCGGCGGCUGGCUGCUGCCGUCGCUGCUGCACCGCAUCCGGCGCGUGCGCGCGCAGAUUGUCGUCGCGCUCGUGGUGCAGACGGCCUUCACGGCGUGCUACGCGGCCGUCAUCCCCCGCAACCGGGCCGCGUGGAUGGCGCUGCAGUUCUUCGGCCAGGGCUGCUUCACCUGGCUGACGACCAUCGCGUACGUCACGGCCGGCUUGUUCGUGCCCCAGCACGAGCUGGGCGUCGCCAGCGGCCUCAUCGGCACCUUCAGGAGCGCCGGCGGCUCCAUUGGGAACGCCGUCUUCAGCAGCAUCCUGCGCUCCGUGACGAACGCGGAGUUGGCGGGGAACAUUGCGCGGGCGGCCGUCCGGGCGGGCUUCGAUGGGGCCAACGUGGGCGCGUUGAUCCCGGCGGUGAUUGAGAACGCCGUCGGUGUGCCGGGGGCGCUGCAGGCGGUGCCGGGCGGCGUGAGUGAGGCGGUGAAGGAGGCGACGGCGGUGGCGUUCAAGGAGACGUAUGCAAAGGCGUUUCGGAUGGUGUUUUAUGCGAGCAUUCCGUUUGGCGUGGUGGCGACCGUGUGCGCGUUGUGGGUUGAGGAUCCGAGUCCGUUGCUCAACUCGCAUAUCGAGGUGCAGAUGGAGAGAGAUGUUGUGGCGGGGAAGAAGACUGUUGGCGUGCAUGGCGGCGGCAGUGUGGAGCGUGUUGAGAGGGUGGAGGAGGAGGAGGGAAGAGCUUAG